GGCAAAUCACGAACUGUGCUACUCAUCAUUUGACCAACAUCCCUGCAAGAUUCAGAGUUGUUGUUAUUUAUGCUUUUCAAAUAAUUGUUUUUCUUGAACACUGUGUGAGCAGUGUAAAAGGCCACUUAAAUGACCUGAAUUUGGGCACUUACAAUAACCACGCUUGUGAACAUCACCAUCUCUGUGGACUUUCCUGACUUUUCACAUGCACAUAAAAUGCACAAUACACAGUACAUUAGCUGAGAUAGAACUGGAUCCUGAUUGGCUGAGAGAAAAGAUGACGCUCCGCUUCCUGCUCUAUAUAAACUCCCUGUUCCCUGACUGCAGACACACUGCUGAUAAAUUUAACCUAGAGAUCACACUGCACAAUGGAUAUUUACUUCCCUUCUGGCUUUCCAAUGUUUAGAGGAAUAACAAGGCUGUCAAACAAUUGCCUGGAAAGGGCCAAAAGAUUAAAGGCAUGCGUUGGUGGAUUUCUGCAGAGACAAGACUUGAGCAGCCUAUGUAAAUAUAGAAAACCAAGGUUGACCUUGGAGGAAUGUCUGAUGUGGAAAGAGUCUUUUGAGAAGCUUCUGUCCAGCAAACAUGGACUAUAUGCCUUCAAAGCUUUCCUGGUAUCGGAGUUUAGUGAAGAAAACAUUGCCUUCUACCUGGCCUGUGAGGACUACAAAAGCACAAAGUCUGCAACUAAGAUGCCAUCCAAAGCCAAGAGGAUCUACGAGGAGUUUAUCGGAAAUGAAGCUACUAGAGAGGUUAACAUUGACUAUGAGACUCGAGACAUCACUCAAGCCAACUUGAAAAGCCCUACUGCAUCCUGCUUCGAUAUGGCCCAGUACCGCAUCUAUAUUCUCAUGGAAAAGGAUUGUUACCCACGAUUCCUGCGCUCCAAUGAAUACCGAAAUCUAGUCAACCAGCUUACAAUGAAGAGCGCUAAGGCAAGGAGCAAAAAGGCAAUUGCAGCCAGACCACCAUGUGAAGAAGACGAACCAAAAUGAACAACGUUGGUGCAUUUCGGUUCUGCGAGAGAUGGAAGCUCGGGCAAGAAGUGGAAAGCAUUGGUACAGAUCCUAAAAAGGCUGCUUGAGGUGGUCGGAGUGCCAUGAGAUGAAGAAAACUGCAUAACAGAAUCAGAAACACUGCAUUCCCAUACCCCGUUAAUAUUGUCCGUGAGAGGGAACAGCAGAUCUUCUGGUGGAGAGAGAUGCAUCUGUACAAACACCUGUACUGAACACAAAGGAGAUGCAGACUUUACUGAAGUAUGCAUGGGUCAAAAAGCACAUAGCAUACUUUUUAGAGAGCAAAUGAUGUAUUUUGUUUAUAAGUUUAUAAAAAAAAAUUUUUUAAAUGUUGGUGACAAGUGUUUGAAUAUUUAAUGCAUUAUAUAUAACCCGGUACCUUGGAAAAAUGGUGGUAUCUUAUUAAAAUAAAUAAAUGAAUUAAUAAUAAUAAAAAAAGACAAUCUGCCUGGACUGCUUUAAGAAUG